AUGCUAUCAUCUGGGGUGGAAUCUCCCCUGGAUUCUUCUGUCUCUGAUGGAGUAGAGCAAUUGUACCCUGGGCUGCCUGAGAGUGUCUCUGCUGAACUCAUGGCUGUAUCGGAGUCUAAUGUGGGGUUAGAUGCCAAAUCUAAUGUGUCAGCACCCAGGGACAGCCUGUCAGCAGAGCAGCGUGGCACUUCUGGAGUAGAAAACUUUUGCCAGAAGACAGAGGAUUUGGGUGAUAAACUCAAGGUGGUAUCUCACAGGCCAGCAGAAUCCCUCGCCGAAGACUCAGUAAAGGCUGGAGACCUUGAAGAGGAUGAGAAAAGCAACUUUAGGAAACGAGACUGUACCGAUGAUGGAUGCCAGAAAGAAGACAAAGAGGCACAAGAUGCUGAGGAGUAUCCUGCUGCAUGCUGUGCUUUAAUUCCCAGGGAAAGUUGGUCAAAACAAGACGGCCUGGACUUAAACCAGCAUGAGGUGAAGUGUUCAGGAGCUUGUUGCACUCAAGUAGAAGGAUCUCUGAAGAACACAGAAGAAAAGCAAGCAAAUGUUCAGGUGACAGCUGAAACACUGCCAAAGCUCAUUGAAGAAGUACAAGGUAUGAAGGCUGAUGGGACUAGGAUAUUUAGUAAAGCAGGAUACAGGAAUGACCAAGUGAGUAAAGGUCUUCCACUUGAGAACAAUGAAUGUCCAGACGUAGACACAGUCAUGGCCAGAGCUGGGGUUUCAGAAACCAGCACCAUAGAUUUUUUAGAGCCUUUAAAAGUCAUGGACAUGGAAUCAGACACAGACCAUCCACAAGAAACAAAUUAUUAUCAUGGGUUGAAAGCCCACGCUGCCAUGCCAGUGAGGACAGGGGGUAAUGAAUCUAGUUUGGAGACUAGAGAAGAAAAGUUACCCAGACUAAAUCCUGUUAAUGAAUUUAGUACAUCAGUUGCUAAUUGCCAGACUUAUCAGCAGGAUGAAGAAAACAAUGCUUAUGACUUCUGUACUGGUCCUGUACCUAAACAUAAUGAACCUUAUAGGUUGUCAUCAGUAGAAAGCUGUAGAAUGCUCUCCACAAAAAGUUCUGAAGUCUCAUGUUCAGUUCUGAAAAGCAGCUGUUACCUGGACUUCAGGAAUAUGCCACUAGGAAACAAUAGUACUGCAGUCCAUGGAAUUAUCGAUGAACCUCCCAAAAAGUAUCUUCAUAAAACCAUCAAAAGCCAGACUCAUGAUCAUGGAACUGGGUUUGUAGAAAAUGGAACCUCCACAUCCCUACCAGUAGAGCAGGUCUCAAUUGUUUUUAAAGGAUUAUCUACUGCUAAAACUGAUCAUAGGGAAGUAAGUGCAAGUAUAGGUAAAUUGUACAGCUCUGAAUUUGAAGAGGCUUCUGAAAUCUGGAGAAAAAUUGCUGUGGGAGAGAACAUUGAUGUUUGUAGCUGGCCUGAAGCUCAAGAGGAUGCUAAUUCUGAGCACUGUCAUUCUUCAGUUUUUAGUUCUGUUGCUUCAUCUCCUGAGGAGUUCUCAAAAGAAAACUUUAAAAUGGUCCCAUCAGAAGGUGAUAAAUUGAAAAAGAACCAGUGGCAAUUCCCUGUCAGUGACUUAUGCAAGGAUGAUAUAAAAGAAAAUAGUCUAUUGAUGGAAACAAGCAAGACUGCCUCCCAUGAAAUUGGACAGACAGACAAAUGCUUUUAUAGUACCUCCAGUAAAAUGUCUCCUCCCAGUAGCCACAGCUGUCUGGAUCUUAGUACCAAGCUAGAAGAAGAUUCACCUGAGGCACAAGUGCUUGAAAUGGAAUCUGAGAGUAAUACAACACUAGAAGAGUUGGCUGGCAGUUCAGUUCAAAGUCCAGAAGCUAAUAGUAAUGAAAAUUUGUCCACUGGCAAAGAAACUCAUUUGAUUUAUACACUAAAUGUAGCUCUACCUGCCAUCACACAGAAAUUAAGAGAACGUUGUUGUCAUGAGUGUCCUCCUUGUAUUGCUAAUGAAGUUUCAAACAGGGACAAGCCUCAGGAUAAUCCAUCUGGAAAAGAAUCAAUUGGUGCUUCUGGAACUACAGAAGAGCAAGUCACUCAAACUAUGCUCCAUCAAGACAAGUUCAAGUCUUCAGUAAUUUCCAGGACUUCUGAUAACCCUACUAUGACAAGCAAAAUUUCUCAAAAGGACAUGAAUUCUUCAGUGGGAAAUACAGAGAGUGUGGUCACUGCUUUAGGAAAUGAACAUAGUGACACAUGGAAUUUUGAUCAUCAUAAUAUAAAAGACCAGUGUACAGCUGCCAGUACUUCCUGUGUUUUAUCAGGGAGUACAAGUGUAGAUGAUGUUCUCCGAAACAGUCAUUCUUGUGAUGUUGAGAUUGAUAAGAAGAUUGAAAAAAAAUAUAAUUGGGAAGGAGAAGACUCAGCUGAAUAUAAUAGUAAAAAAAUAAUAAUCUUUCCAGAAGCACACUUCCCUUUGUCAUGUGGAUCUCUUCCUUGUGAAGAAGACUGGGGCAACAGAGGUGUAGAUCUGCAUGGGAUAAAUGGCAGUGAAAUUCCAUGUAACAGAAAUGAGGCAAAAGAACAAACUGGGACAUGUGCUCUCCAGACAGAUGGAUUUGAGAAAAUAAGAACUGUGGAUACUCCAAAGGCUCCUGGAGGCAAUCAGAGAAAUAAGACUAGUGAAGAGCUAUUAGGCAGAUAUUUUAACAAAAAGCCCUGUACUUAUAAUUUUGGAUUUUGCAAUUCUCCAUUAGGCCCAAAGGAGAGAGAAACAGGCACAUAUGAGAAGAAAGAAGUGUCAUUGCUCCCAGCUAAUACCUCUGAGCGUAGCACUUCAAUCUGUGACAUGUGCCCGUUACUCAGAAACAUGAAUAUUCAAACACGACGUGCCAGCCAACCAGAAAAGACUCUUUGUCCCAUGGAAAAUCACUGUCUUGCAUGUCAGAAUGAGUUGGAUGGCCUGGUUCCAGGCAGCAAGCAACAUUUAGAAAGUUUAAACAACCAACGAAACACUGGCUUACAAACUACAGCUACUUCUGUGGAAAAAACCAAAAUAUCAAUUGGCUCUAGUCCAAGUGAACAGAUCUUGUUAGAAACAGGUGAUGACUUGCCUCCCUUAGCUCAUAAAUAUGCAAGAGGAGACAGUUUUCAAGGAACAAUAAAUAAGAAUGUGGUGGAUUUGGACUCUUUACAUGGUGUGAGAAAUGAAGACUGUUCAGGAUACACGGGCUUUGUUGGUGAUGUAAUCGGAGAGGAGACAAUCAGACUAAAAGAACAUGAAAAUGGAUGUGAAAGGGAAAAUAAAGGAACUCGUGAAGUAAGUUUUUAUGAUUGCAAAGCACAGUGCUCACAGCAUGGGCAUAGCAUGCCAACUGUAAAAGACAUGGAUGUGACCUCACCAAAGAGCACUUGCUAUGAAGAGAAGUUAAAGAAUAAAUGUGAAGAAGAGAACAUGAGAAGAGAAGUAGCCCAUCGAAAAAACUUCCUCAUAGAUUCUUUUCUUGAUGGAGAAGAUUGUCUUUGGGCCUCACUAGAAGAUUCCCAAGAGUCUGGUAGCAAAACAGACCCUCUCAGUACUGAGAGUUAUGAAAAAGUUUUGGAAGAAAUCUCAAGAUCCAACCAAAGUAAUCCUUCAAAACAAAGAAAAAAUUAUACAAAGCUCACAAACCUGGCACGUACCAGUCUGCUUUCAGAAACUGUGUGUGGUUGUCAGGCUGAAGAUGCAGCUUCUGCAGAAACUUCACCAGAAUUGCAGUGUGAUACAACACCCCCAUUUUAUCCACAUAUGAGUAUACAAUCAAACAGUUGCAAAGAAAUACCCCCAAACUGUGUGGUUUGCAGCAAAGUAUGUGUGCCUUACAAAUUAAAUGCACAGAGCAAAGAUAACAUAAAGGAGGUUACAGAAGGCCGAGACACUGAACCAACUCAUUCACUCUGCAAGGAAAAUGAGGCUUUAGGUUCAGAGAGAUGUGAUCAAAUAGAGAAAUGUCAGUUACUUAAACGGAAGAAGAAGUAUGAGAAGAUGAAAGUACAUCAGUCAAACAAGGCACAACCAGAACACAAGUCAGAAUAUGGAGAGAAAGCAAAACUCACACUGCAACCAAGGGCAUUGCACAGUUCUAAACUUUUACGCAGCUCUCCAGAUGAAUUGGUGACAUCAAGAAAUAAGGAGUUUCGAGGUCCUUCAGAGGAGAUUUUUGCUGUUAGAAGCAGCGAAAAUAAACUAUGUAGCACUUUACAAGAAGUCAAAAGGCCAAAGAUUACUACAGAUACUAUUAGUUCACAGUUUUUGAAGACUCAGGAUUCAGAAACGGAAAACCUGAACCUUAAUUUAGGAUAUGAUGGAAUCCCUGGUGCCUUUGAGACCACAAAUAAACUAAGAGGACCUGUUCCAUUAAAAAGACAGCCUGGAAGGACAUGUAAAAAAGUUCCCACAUCGUAUCAGCUAAAAACCAUUAGAAAAAACAAAAAAUGUAAAAGCUCAUCUUUUUGUGAGAUUUCCCCAGAAAUAUUCCCCAAGCAGGAAAACACAGAUCUCAAAUCUUUGUACUUUCCAUGUAAACCACCAGCAGUGGAAACAGAAACAGCCAUGAAAUCUGUGCAUCUGCCAAGGCAGAGGGCCAAGAGGUGCGGUUUGUUGAGCAGCUUGAGAUUUAGAAAAUGUACCAAAGAACCAGCAUUGUUGAGCAAGCUGACUGCAGUGGCUAGGAACCUCCUGGCACCUGCCAAAAGCAUCCAUCACCUAAAAUCUCUGCCACGUUCUUCUGAAAUUCUUCCUGUGGGUGAGAGGUACAGCCAACGUGUAUGUAAAAAUCUAUUGGAAGCCUUUUCUUGCAUUAACAGGAACUUACACUCACGCUGGGCUGACAGUUGGUGCACCAAGAUGUUCAGCUUUCAGCCUUUGGCACUUUAUCCUGUAGAAUCUACCAAAAUACUUUUUUCAGACUUGAGCCACAAGCCUCCAACCUCUUUCUUGGAUACCCCAGUUUUCCCAAUUUCUUUUCACAUAAAAUUAGACUCCAGUCCUGCAACAGACCUCACAGGGAUUACAUCCCAGCACUCUGUACAUCUUAAACCGGUUUUGGGAGAAAUGGAAGCACCACCUUCGAAAUGGACUUUCUCUUUUCUCCUGUCUCAGAGCUGUUCAGAUACAACAGCUUUCAAGGAAGAUUCCCAUCUAGAUAAUGAGCUGCAUUCCUCUCUCUCUGUAAGAAGAGAAGUUGCCCUUCAUCCUGACCAUGGAAGAAAUGUCGUAGCUGAAAGAAGAAGAGGUUGCUCCAUGCUUGGCCUUCACACAGUGUUAGCGCUUUCUUCCCCUGGAUGUUACAGGAUUUGGACAAGAAGAAGAAACCUAACCAGUCAUAUUCCUACCAUCCAGAGACUAUUUAUAUCACAAUUCGCACAGGGUUUGAAAGGGGCAAGGCAUCCAGCUUCUGUCUCAGAUGACCUCGUCUCUUCAUUGCCAUACUCAUUGGGCAGGGUACUCUCCAUAUGGAGUCAGCAUGGUCCUGCUGCCUGUCCCUCCGAAAUCACUCCUCUCCAUUCCAAUCACUGCAAGUGGCAGCCAAGUGUGGGCAUCGAGAACAGCUGUGCCAUGCUACCCCACUUGCCUGUACAGAGUAUGGAAGCACUACAGACUGCAGGUCAUGAGAUAUGUCUGGAAACUUCAUUCCCUUUUCCAUUACCAAAGCCUUGCGCACUUCCAGAGCCAUUGCCAUCUCCACCUAGGCUUGCAGCAUCCGAGCUCCAGGUCUGUGCCCUUGAUGAAGCUGAUGCUCCAGUUCCAGCCUGUCUUAGAUCCCAAGAUGACACAGAACUGAAAAAAACUGAGACAGAAAAGAGGCCAAAGAAAGUGUCUCAGAUCCGAAUCAGGAAAACUGUUCCUAAGCCAGACCCUAACCUUACUCCAAUGGGACUACCCAAACCAAAAAGGCUUAAGAAGAAAGAAUUUAGUUUAGAAGAAAUUUACACAAACAAGAACUAUAAGUCCCCACCUCCAGCCAGGAGCUUGGAAACAAUCUUUGAAGAGCCCAAGGAGAAAAAUGGGUGCUUGAUCUCUGUCAGCCAGCAGAAGAGAAAGCGAAUUCUGGAGUUUCAGGACUUUACUCUUCCCCGGAAAAGGAAGACACGAGGCAAAGUCAAGGCAGUGGGUAGUUACACCCGAGCAAAAAAAGCUGCACUACAGAGUGCAGAGUUAGAUGCUCUUCUGAGUCAGAAGCUAAUGGACCUUGAAGCCUUUUUUGCAGAGGAGGCUGAGCAGGAGUAGGUCUCUAGCAUCUGAGGGAGCCAUUUAGCUGAAAAUGAUCCAGUCAGCUCCGUUGUUAUUUUAGUCCUGUUGGGAAACAUCUACUGACUUCUUCAUACAUUGCUCUACCCCUCUGUUCUGAUAUCUGAUCAGUUUUUGGCUGUGACCCUCUUUAAGGUGCU